AUGCGUGCGAGGAAAAGUUAUAAAACAAAUUUUCAGCUGUCAGAAAUUUUUAUUCUCUAGUCGUCUUUCCAAUCGUCAACAACUCGUCGAACGUCAACGAUGGCUCGUACCAAGCAAACUGCCCGAAAGUCCACCGGUGGCAAGGCCCCGCGGAAGCAGCUGGCCACCAAGGCCGCUCGUAAGAGUGCGCCGUCCUCGGGAGGAGUGAAGAAGCCCCAUCGGUUCCGGUCGGGAACGGUGGCCCUGCGGGAGAUUCGCCGCUAUCAGAAGUCCACAGAUCUGCUGCUGCGGAAGGCGCCCUUCCAGCGGCUAGUGCGUGAGGUGGCCCAGGAUUUCAAGACGGACCUUCGCUUCCAGAGUUCGGCCGUGAUGGCGCUGCAGGAGGCCUGCGAAGCGUACCUGGUCGGGCUGUUCGAGGACACCAAUCUGUGCGCGAUUCACGCCAAGCGGGUCACGAUCAUGCCCAAGGAUAUCCAGCUAGCUCGUCGUGUUCGUGGAGAACGUAAUUGAGCUGUGAGAGCUGCAUAUCGAACCAAAAUCGGCCCUUUUCAGGGCCACUAAUUUAUCUCGAAAGAGUUAUUCUCGUAAAACAAUUCAUAAAGUACGUCAUAUUCAAAUCAACAUAAAUAU